GCGUUGACGCCCUUCAAAGUCAAUCCUCGCGCUGGUUGUGUGCCCGCUCCAAAACAGCACGUUGCUCGCUGCUGACUGGCAGGAGACAUCCCAGUCGCCCUCGCCGUCGCCGCGCUGCCAUCCCCGCUGCUCACGCUGGGCAGGAGCGAAAGAGCCGCAGCUUUCCAUGCGUCCGCUAGGAUGAGCACCGCCACUACGCCGCCCUCCUCCACCCACGGACUCGAGCGGCUGGCCGACAGCACUGCAUCGACCCCACAGCCCGCCGAGCCACGUCUGAACGACAGCGAAAGCAGCGGCAGUGCCAGGCCCAGCGCGAGUCCAACAACCAACUCCCGCGCUCAUGCUCACAAUGCCGCCGUGCUCCCUCCGCUCGACACUGCCUCCGCUGCCUCGACGCCCGUUGCUCCUCCCCAGCCAAGCGCCGGUCUGACGAUAAGGACGAGCUGCCUCGGCCGACCAACACCCACCGGGCCUUCCACAAGGGCCAUGGACACGCCGACUAUCAUGUACGACGCCGAGCCCGUGCUGCACCACAACCUCGCCUCGCCCUCGAGUCUGCCCACAAUGGGAUCUUCGCUACGAUCGAACGUGUCAACGACAAGUCUUGCAUCAUCUUUGUCCCCCGGCUCAGCUUCCGCCCUUCCAUCGCCAUAUCUCGCCGCAAUGGCCGACCUCACUCCUCUACCUUCCCCGCUAGUCGGCAACGACCAGCCCAUACAGUGGAGAAACAGACAAGUCAGCGGCGCGAGCCGAUCCCGACAGAGCUCCCUGACAGACUCGAUACCGGGAAACAGGUCGCACCUGCCACCAACAUCUCCUGAUUCGCCUCGCAAGAAGAAGGGCUAUGGAAGUCUCAUGCAGGAAGCUGCAGUGGCCCACGCAACAAUGGCAGUCGGGCAAGAGCAGUUCAGACAGGCCUCACACGGCAGGAAUAGGAGCAUUUCAGACUUCAAGCCAGAGACGCUGUCCAAUACGCGACCUCGACAUGUAACCAUUGGUCAAGGCGACGUGCCCAAUAUCGAAUCCGCCGAAUACCAUAUGCAUCGAGAAGCACAUCUAGCUGAGGAACGAGGUCUGAAGGCCAACUCCGGCGCGAGCAGCAAGCAGCUUCCCACACCUCCGCCUAGCAAUGCAAGCAUGGCCGACAGUGACGAUGUGGAUGACGAGCAGCCACAUCUCGAAGACGGCACGGUCUCAGAAUACCUCGAGAUACACUGCGGGAUACACAAUAAGCGGCGCAAAUUUCGGCAGCUGCGAGAGCUCGGCAAAGGCACCUUCUCUACGGUCAUGUUAGCUACGCGCGAAAAGAUUCCAGCACACCCUACACCUGAAAUAGAAGAUCACCUUGAUUCAACGAAACUGGUUGCCGUGAAGAUAGUGGAGCACGGUCCAGCGGGUGGCGCCGAUGAAGAACGAAUCGAGACGAGCUUGAAACGUGAAGUCGAGAUGCUGAAAAGCGUGUCGCAUCCAUCUCUGAUCCAUCUCAAGGCCUGCGAGUAUCAGCCGACGCGCGCGCUAUUGGUGCUGACCUACUGUCCUGGCGGUGACCUUUUCGACUUUGCGAGUGAGCAACGGGACUUGUUGACGCCGCGACUGAUACAAAGAAUGUUUGCUGAGCUGGUGAGCGCUGUGAAGUACUUGCACGCCAAUUGGAUCGUGCAUAGGGACAUCAAACUCGAGAACGUACUGGUCAACCUUCGUGAAGCUGACCUCCGAGCGAUUGAGAAUCCGCUGACGCAUCCACUCCCACUUGUGACCCUCACAGAUCUGGGACUGAGUCGACGUUUGCCUGAUCCACCCGAACCACCAUUUCUCACGACGCGCUGUGGAAGUGAAGAUUAUGCUGCUCCCGAAAUUCUACUUGGACAGCCGUACGAUGGUCGCUUGACUGACGGCUGGGCGUUGGGCGUUCUGUUGUAUGCAUUGAUGGAAGGUCGAUUGCCUUUUGAUGCGCCACCUGGGAAGCCGGAGCGUAGCAGAAACACUCACCGCAUAGCACGUUGUGAUUGGAUCUGGUGCAGAUUCGGAGAUGAAGAUGGUGACUGGGAUGCAACGCGUGGUAAAGACUUCGAAGGCGCAAACCUGUGCGUCGAGGCUUUGCUGAAGAAAGUUCGAAUGGGUCGCAAAUCAUUGGAAGAGGUUGAAAAAUAUGACUGGGUUCAACAAGGUAUCCAGGUCCCCGGAGGUCUGCAAAUGCGGCCGGAGGAUGACGAUAACAAUUUGUGAAAAAGUGUUCGACGCUGAGCAGAAUUUGGGCAUUCUGUGGGAAGAGGCGUCAGAUCAAAAAAUGCAUAGCACGGGCGGGAAGCAUUUGAUGAUUGCGCGGCGUUUUAUGAUGAUGGAUUACAGCGCAUUCGCUGUGUUUUGAUUUCUGUACGAGAUACCACGGACGGAUGGACGGACGGGGAUUACUUUCUGGCACGGGCUGGGAGAUGGCCGUGCCGCUUCAAACACUUGAGCUAGAUUGAGAAGCUAGAGAAUACCUUUCUGCGAGAG